CUUCAUCACACGCGACUUGAACUCUACAACGUCAACAGCAAACACCCAAUCUCCGUUCACCAAGACUCAAGGCGCCGCAAUGUCGGCGAUCUAUAAUCUUGAACCGCAGCCCACUGCCUCGGUUAUUAUUCACACCACCCGGGGCGAACUCUCCGUCGAGUUAUUCGCGAAGCAAACGCCGUUGACAUGUCGCAACUUCUUACAACUAGCGCUCGACGGCUAUUACGAUAAUACAAUAUUCCAUCGAUUAGUUCCAGGUUUCAUAUUGCAAGGUGGAGAUCCUACAGGCACCGGCAAUGGAGGAGAGUCCAUUUACGAUGGAGGCGCAUUCAGCGGCGACCUAGAUCCAUGGCCCAUGGACCAGCGCCAAGGGAAGAAUGCAGGACCAACAGGAAUCAAUUUCAAGGACGAAUUCCACUCUCGACUCAAAUUCAACCGGCGUGGUCUGCUGGGUUCUGCGAACGAAUCGCGUCCAGAUACCAAUGGUAGCCAGUUCUUCUUCACGCUCGACAGGGCCGAGGAGCUCAAUGGAAAGAACACCCUGUUUGGCCGAAUUGCUGGCGACACGAUCUACAACUUGGCGAAAAUGGGCGAGGGGGAAGUGGACGAAGCAACGGAACGCCCGACCUACCCAGUGAAGAUCGAACGAAUAGAGAUACUGGUCAACCCCUUCGAUGACAUGAAGAAGCGAUCUCGAGUGGCUGCCCAAGCGCCAUCUAAAACAGCAGCAGCAACAAGCAAGGAUAAAAAGAAGAAGCGGAAAGGCGGGAAACAACUACUCAGUUUCGGCGACGAGGAAGGUGAUGACGACAUGCCAGUGCUCAAGAAAAAGAAAUUUGAUACGAGAAUUGUCAUGGAAGAUGAGGAGGAAGACGAAAUCCCCAGGAAACCAGCAAAGCCGAAAGUCAAGAAGCCAACAGUAACGGAGAAGCUCUCACCAGUCGCAGAUGAGGUCAGCGACAAAGGGCCGAGGAAGGCCACGCUUGAUCAGCCAUCCAAUGAAACGCGGCGGAGUCCUGGCUCGCUUACGACCAGGGAGGUGAAGGACCAAUCACCUGAACCGGAGGCUCCCAGAAAGACCGCUCUAGAGCGAGCCAACGAGGAGAUGGCUGCUCUGAAAGCAUCGAUGCGACGGACCAUCCAUGCGGAGGAACCUGUGAAGGAGAAGAAGAAGUCUGCACUCGAAUCCAUGAUCCCUGAAACAUCAAUCAGGGGCCGGAAACGAAGGCCCGGAGCUGCCAACACCUCGGCGAGUGAGGACGCAAAAACACUCCGCAUGCUGAAGGCCUUCCAAUCGAGAUUGGAGAAGGCACCCCCGGAAAAGGAUAACGAACAUACAACAACCGGGGCUAUGCGUGAAGAGGGAAGUACCCAUGCUCCAGACGAUGAAGCUGAGUUAUGUGAUUUACACUUUAUCGCAAAUUGUCAAAGCUGUACAUCCUGGGAUAAGCAGGAAAAAGAUGACAGCGAUGAUGAAGGAUGGAUGUCUCAUUCCCUCAGCUUCGCAGCAGACAAAUUAGGCAAGGAUCUUAGUAACCGUAAGAAGGCAGAAGAAGAGCUUGUUGUCAUUGAUCCGCGCGAGAAGGCUCGGACUCUCAAGGAUGAGAAGAGAGCUGCGCGCGAUGCUCGGCAGGGAAACUCCGGAAGAGCAUGGGACCAGGCACGAGAUGCAGCAAGGAAUGCUAAGAUGGCUCAGGCAGCAUCGCUUGCAGGUCGAGGAGCAAAGUAACCGAGCAGAUCAGGUAGAUAGGCCAACUGUGGUUCAAAGCUGUUGGUGACAAGUGAAGUUUGAGUCCAUAAUAGGAAUAGUCUGUCUAUGAUACCCAGCAUAAAAGCAUCAGGCCAGGUUUAAUAGUGCCCCUCCUAGUCUGAGCUGACAUGGGACAGGAUGACGCCAAUGCUUGUUCGUUGAAGAAAAGUGGCAUUACGAGUCGCAUCUGCCGUCCCCACAAUACAUGUCAUGACCGAUCUCGAUCCUCGAGGACGCAUAGUAAUGAUGAAGUUGUGACUAUUGUUUCUAUAG